ACUCUUCAAACAAGCAAAUUACGGUUUGAGAGAGAGAUGGCUUCCAAGUGCUCAGCAUCACUAGCUCUUUUUCUAGCAUUCAACCUUCUCUUUUUCACCCUUGUUGCCUCAUGUGGCACUUGUCCUUCCCCCAACACAAAGCCCAAGCGAACACUGAAGCCCAGCCCAGGGCUGUCUUCCUCUGGUAAAUGCCCUAUUGAUGCACUUAAGCUAGGUGUGUGUGUUGAUGUUCUUGGUCCAUUGCUUAACAUCACCAUUGGUACACCUCCAAAGACUCCAUGCUGCAGCCUUAUCGGAAACCUUGUUGAUCUUGAAGCAGCUGUUUGCCUUUGCAUUUCCAUCAAAGCUAGUGUUUUGGGCAUCAACCUUAAUAUCCCACUUUCAUUGAGCUUGCUUGUUAAUUACUGUGGAAAGAAGGUUCCACAAGGCUUCCAGUGCCCUUAAUUAUAUAUACAUAUAUAUUAAUUGUGUGUUUAUUUCAAGUUUGUUGCUAAAUUACUCAUGUGAUGUAAAGGGUGACUGCUUAUAGUUCCCCCUCUUUAUUAUUCUUAUUUGAGUGUAAGAGUGACAAUAAUAAGUCUCUUUUCUUUAA